AUAAACUCAAAAAGAAUGAAUUCUAUGUUUUACUUCCUUCUUGCCUUAACCGCUGUUUUGGCCGUGACCGCAGACCCAGGCGGACCAAUUCUCGACAAUGAUGGUUAUGUCAUAUUCAACGGCAGUUACUUAGUUCGCCCAAUCAUCUUCGGUGGCGGCCUGACUCUCUCCCCCCUUGGUGACAACCAGUGUCCCCUCUACAUCGAACAGCAAUUUUCAAAGGACGACAUAGGCUAUCCCAUAAGAUUCUCAAAUUGGGGGUCUGGAGCUAGGUUCGUUCCGGAGUCAGAGAACCUCAACAUCGAGAUGGUCAUCCCAGUUACGACCUGCGUUCAGUCGUCAACCUAUUGGUGGGUCACUGCGACCGAGGGUAGCAAAUGGUUAUUCAUAUCGGCUGGUCCUAAGCCAGAUCCUGGAGAAGCUUCGUCCAAGAGUUUCUUCCAGAUCAAGAAAGUUGGAGAUUUUACUAAUGGUUACAAGAUUAUGUUUUGUAGUAAAGAUAACAACUGCAUCGAUGUCGGGAUAGUUGUGGACGAAUAUGGCGUUCAGCGUUUGGCUUUAUGCACAGUGCCAUUCCCCAUUACGUUCGUGAAAGCUGACGGGACGGAGACUUCGUCCAAGACUAUAUCUAUUAUGUGA